AUGGCUAGCGCUACCCUCGGCGCCAUUGGCCUCGCCAGUGCGCGGUAUCUGUCCAAGAACGACAGCUUCGGCCAGGGCUUCCAGUCUUACCCAGCCCACAUCCAGGACGCGAGCCCAGGCCGUUCGAUCUUUCGCCCCGCCGGCGCGCUCGCGCCCACCGAGUACCGCCGGUUCAAGCUCAGACACGAGGAGGAGCUGUCGGCGGGCAUUUUUCGCUUCGUCUUCGCGCUGCCAACCAAGCACGCCAUCUUGGGUCUGCCCACAGGGCAGCACGUUGCUAUCGCGGGUACGGUGGACGACCAUACCGUGGUGCGCAGCUAUACGCCCAUCUCGAACAACCGUGAUCUGGGACGGCUGGAGCUGCUGAUCCGCGUGUACCCGGACGGGCACAUGGGAAUCUACCUGAAGGGUCUCGACAUUGGCGACGAGGCGGAUAUUCGUGGGCCUAAGGGCGCAAUGCGGUAUCGCAAGGGCAUGAGCCGAGCUAUUGGCAUGGUUGGCGGGGGCACCGGCAUUACACCGCUGUUCCAGCUCGUGCGCGCCAUCUGCGAGGACCCGACAGACGGUACGCGCGUCAGCCUCGUCUACUGCAACCGCUCCGAGAAGGACAUCUUACUCCGCGAGAAGCUGGAUCGCUUUGCAAAGAAGUCGAACGGCAGUUUCGAGGUCUACUACGUGCUAGAUCACCCAGAUGCGGGCUGA